CAACAUCAACACCAGCUUCGGUACCAGUCCAGCAAUGGCGGCCUUUCCACCAGACCAUGACGUACGAACGCCGCUAACUUCGACGUCGCAGUUCAUCCAAGCUGACGAUGACGACGACCUUGACGAGGAUGCCAUCCCCGGAUUCUCGCACCCUACCAUCCCAAGCAGUCCACAGCCGCAGCAAGACAAGGGCAAGGCACGCGCGCAACCCGAACAACUUGCACCUCCGGGUACCAUGGGCGGGCAGUCGCCUGGGCUGUCGGGCAACAUCAUGAGCGGAAGUGGUGCUGGAAGCGGACCUCCGAGGCCCGAUAGGCAGACCAUUGGUGGCGUACGAGUUGAGACGAGGUAUGCGGGUGCAGACACGCUCGACGAGCCUAUAUCGGCCACAAUAGGACGGGACCUCUUCUCCAUCUAUACCAAGCUCAUCCAAGUCUUGUACCCGCGCCGGUCGGGCGCGGGACGUGAAGUCCUUCGCGACUGGGACUUGUGGGGUCCACUCAUCUUAUGCCUUUUGUUGGCGAUCAUGUUGAGCAUAAACGCCCCGGCGUCUCAAUCGCUUGCUGUGUUCACUAGCGUGAUUGUCCUUAUAUCUGUCGGAUCCCUUGUGGUCACAGUCCAGGCCAAGCUUCUCGGAGGAAAAGUAUCCUUUUUCCAAGGUCUUUGUAUUCUCGGCUACUGUAUAGCACCGCUCAACAUCGCAGCCCUUGUGGCAUGCUUCGUCCGCGCGAUCUACGUUCGCGCGCCCGUCGCGCUCGCGGCAUGGGCGUGGAGCAUCUGGGCCAGCGUCAACUUCUUGGAUGGCAGCAAAAUUGAACAGCAAAGGGUGCUAUUGGCGGUGUACCCAUUAUUAUUAUUCUAUUUCAUACUCGCGUGGAUGAUCCUCAUCCAAUGAGCGGAUAUUGUGAUCAUGUGCUAUAGGAGGCUGUCGAUAAUGAUAUGCAAUUCCCUGCCAUUCAAUCCCGGCUACUGCUGCACCGAUUCUCUUUUGAGCACUGAUACGUAUUGCCAGCAUUUCUCUUUCAUUAUUACACGCCAGUGGAGGCUUUUCGGAAUUGGCAAAGCAACACGGU